UGGCUUUGGAUCGUCUAUGGGCAGAGGAAGAGGAAGAAGAGAACGAGGCACCGAGGCUACUAUGUAGAAUAUUUUUCUUCAAGAAUCAGGAGGCUCACACUGAGAACUCAAUGCUCUGUGAGGGCACAGUCUGUGGAGGAAGGACGUGUACUAAACAAUUGGGGUGUCUAGCCUUUCAGCCUGCUGUUAAAACAUGAAUGGUGUCAAUGCACAAUGGAUGUCUGAGCUGCCUCCCAAACUCUGGGACAUCCCACUUCACCAUCUUUCCAUUCCAGGGAGCCAUGAUACAAUGACCUACUGCUUGAAUAAGAAAUCUCCAAUAUCUCAGAAGCAAUCAAAGCUGCUGCAGCUAUUAAAUAAGGUGUUUCCUUGCAUCCUCUGUCCAGUGAUAUUAAAAUGGUCGACCACACAGACACUGAACAUAACUGAGCAGCUGGAUGCUGGAAUCCGGUAUUUUGAUCUGAGGAUUGCUCACAUGAUCGAUGGCUCUGAGAAGAAUUUGCACUUUGUUCACUUCGUAUACACAACAGCCUUAGUGGAGGAUACCCUAACAGAUAUUUCAGAGUGGUUACAGAAUCACCCUAAGGAGGUGGUGAUAUUGGCCUGCAGGAAUUUUGAAGGAAUGACCGAUGAACUUCAUCAGUAUCUUGUCACCUGUAUAAAAAACAUUUUUGGAAAAACACUGUGUCCCAGAGGCGAAUUGCUGACACUGAAGCAACUGUGGAGACAUGGUUACAGGGUUAUUGUUUCAUAUGAAGAUGACAUUUCUGUGCACAAGCACAAAGAGCUAUGGCCUGCAAUUUCAUAUUGGUGGGGAAAUAAGGUGAAAACAAAGGAUCUGAUCAGCUAUUUAGAAUCGAUGAAAGAAUCUGGACGCCCAGAUGAAUUCUUUGUUGCAGGGAUUAACCUCACCGAAAACUUUCAAUAUAUUCUGGCCCAUCCAUCUGGAUCAUUGAAGAAGAUGACUUUACCUAACCUCCCAUCCCUGAAUGCCUGGGUUCGGAAACAAAGCCCUGGGCCAGGGACAAAAUGUACCAAUAUCAUUGCUGGAGACUUCAUAGGAUCUGACAGUUUUGUCAGUGAUGUCAUUGCUCUUAAUCAAAAACUUCUUAUGAAUUGACUUUUUUUUUUUUUGACGUGAAGUAUUUAGGUUGCCUCUCUGUUGACUGAUUCUUAAUCUUUCUAGCUUUUUUCCCCCUAAGGCUUCUGAUUGGACAAUGGGAUGGAAAGGGGAUUGAGUAGAGGUAGGUAAUAUGGCUCUAGAACCAAAAUCCUGGGAAUCCCAAUAAUCAGUGUCUUUGAGCUUUCAGCAUGGCUUUGCCUCUUAGGCAAGUCAUUGGUUCUUUAGUUUUCCUAAUUGAUUAAAUUCCUGAGAAUUUAAUUUUACUUAAGGAUAUGAUUUCAUCAGUGUAGGUACUCGCUCCACUUACAUAGAUUGCAACUCCUCUCUAUACCUUAGUAGAUAAUUUAGUGAAUUGUUGUGGCCAACAAAAAAUUCAUCUCCUAGGUGGUCUACCAUUUUGUCAGGCCUCUCCAAAGUUAGACCAUUGUUAGGCUUGGACUAAAAGCCUUUGAAGAUGCCAGAGCUUGCAUGGAAAAAGUUGACGUCACUUACAUUCUACAAUGAGGCAUCCAAAUAGGAUUCUUGUGGAAGAUGUGACUACAUAAUAUAUUAAUAAUUAUGGGAAAUUUGUAACAGGGUGAACCAUCUGGAGCUACUAAGAGAAGGUCAGCAUGAAUUUAAAAUCUCUGUUCAGUCAUGCUAAAUACUGCAGAUUCCUUGAGGUAAAAGAAACUCACCAUUGUCUACUUUAGUUUUUUAAAAGACCACCAGAAUAGCAUUUUGACAACUGCAAAAGAUGAGCCAACAGCUCCAACUGAAGGUGAAAAGCUUUUUAUAUCCUCAUUGGACAAGUAUAAUUGUUUUGGAUUUCUCCUCAGAAUUUUAUAUUCAUAGCUUAUUUUUUAGCUUCAUUAGAAAUCCCUGCAGGCUUUUCUCUUCCCUGACCCUCGAGGCUUGCUGGUGGCUUAACUGAUUUGCUUCAGUAUUUCCACUUGUAAAAUGGAACACAUUUUUUGGAAUGUCUGAGAAUAGUUUAUUACACAGAUUAAAGAUGUUAAUAUAUUCAUUAUUAUUCCUAAAAAUGUUAUUAUAUCGGAUAAGCAUUAUUUGAAACAUAAGCCCAUUCCAUUUUACCAGAGGUUCAUUAGGUUCUGGUAUAGCCAUCUAGAUCACUGACGAAAAUGAUGUACCAACAUCCCAUAUAUGAAUGCAUGGGAGUAGAGAUUAUUAUUUCUUAAUGAACUUUCUUCUUUCUCAAGUCCCAUGUCAUUUUGUUUUGAAAGUACUUUUUCUUCCAGAAAAUGUCCCUUUGUUUCUACCUGGACUCGAUUUACCAUUCUUUUGCAGCCUAAUCAAAAUAUUGCUUCAGAUCCUCUUGCUUUCCAUGAAUUCCUAAGCAACCCUACGGAGCCUCUUUGUGUACACUUGGCAUUCUAAAACUUCUUGUCCUUAACCUGGAACCCUGUGUGCUCUAUCUGAAGUUGAAAUUUUGCUCUCAUAAUUAUUUUGGUUGUUUUUCAAGGUCUUUUUUUUUAACCCCUUGCUUGCAAGAUGUGUUAUCUUGCAACCAAUCCCUUUGUCAAGCACUCAUUCCCUGUAUUCACAUACAUAUCUAUAUGUCCAAGUCUCAAAAAUGAAAAGGCUACAUUACCUCAUUUUAUUUCUGUAGCUUUAAGAUGCUUUGACUUUAGGGUUUUUGACAACAGAAUAAAUACAAAUUAUAUUUAUUAUUUCAUUUUUUCUCACAAGAAGUAAUGGUUUAGGCAUGGCUCCAGAAGACCAGUGAUGAAGCACGCUUCCUGCCUCUUGGCAGAAUGGCAAACAUUUCUGACAUGGCUAAUGUGUGGAUCUGUUUCUAUUGUUUGAUGAUGCUUAUUUAUUACGGGACAUGAAGGUCUUCUUGGGUGGAGGAGUUUGAUGCCAGGGGAAAAAAGGAAAGGAUCAAUAAAACCAUUUAGAAAAUACACAGAAUACAACAGAAGGAAGUUUAGAGAGACACAGACAAGCAGAACAGUAUUGGACUUACUGUUCAAUUUCUUAUAUACUUUUAAAAACAAGCUGUGUAUAAUAGGUUCAUGGUUUUAUAUAGAAUUCUCUUUUCCUGUUUUUCAUUGUAAAUAGAAAUUUUUGCUGAUAUUCGACAAGUUCAUAAUAAAAGAAUUAAAAAUAAAAAGAGUAAUGAUUUAGGAUACCCAGAAAUGUAUGUAAUUGCCAGUGUUAUCUUAAAUACUGAAGGUCAUUGUAUAGUGAAAGGUUGUGAGAUGUCAGAUUUUUUUAUGUUAUCCCACUGAAUUCCAACAGCAUUAAAACUAUUUUAAUAACCAUAACUGAUUCACCUUAGAAUCAAACUAGUAAUUUUUCAGGAUACUUCAAGGUACUUAAAGGGCAGCUAGGGGGUGCAUUGGAUAACAGU